GCUCUGCCCCUGCUGUGAGUUGAAAGCUGCCCCAAAAAGUAAGGUGCAAGAUCUUUGAGAAGGAAGUGGGAACACACUCGGGGAAGGGGCUGAGAAGCCUGAUGGGGAACUGUCUACAGAGGAAAAUCGGGUGGCAGCUGGACACUCAGGAGACACAUUGGAAUCUGAGACUCCAAAAUGCCAAGGAGAGGACACGCAGCUAUUCCAGAUGCUGGAGUUGUUGCCACAUCGUUGAAGGGUGUUCCUGCCUUCCUUGGAAAAACCUAAGCAUAUUUAAAGCCAGACAAGAGUCCCCAAAGCAAAAUGAAGGGAUGACUUCAGCUCCUAUGCAGGACAAUGCUAGCCAGAUGUACACAGAGGAGUUAUGCUAUGUGCUUGUUGAUCACAAGGCCCUCGGAGGAAGACCGCCAGGCAACUCUGCUGAGGGGUUCUAUGAGAACGUCUCCAGCCAGACUGCAAGACACAGAGAGUCUUCAAGAGGAGCAGAGACUGAGUAUUCCGUUCUCCGUUUCCCUUCCACCCUUCAGUCGCCACCUUCCACAGAGGAUGAAUAUGAACUUCUUGUGCCCAGCACACUCCCCUCUCAUGCCCCUCAACAGCCACGGCCAUUUACAGCUGCCUUUGAAACUCACUUUUCUCAUCUAAAAUGAUGUGACUAGAUUAGAGUUUGUUUAGCACUGACAGAUCAAAGGAGGAGUGAGAGACGCUGUUUGAUGACAGAUAAAUGUAGGGUUUGGGGACACUAGUUGAAGAAGUCAUGGGGCAUGACGAUCCUUAGCUUAUUUCUUCUGGAGGAGGUUGGCAGGGCAGACUGCAAACCACAAAGCCUUAUAGAGACUGACAGUGGCCAACAUUCAAAAAUUAGUCAGUUGUCUUGAACAUCACUCU